GCAACAUCGGCCAAAACAGGAAUAAAAUUCUCGGAUUCAUGCGGUAAGAGGAUCAUCGAUGAAUGAAUAACAUGUGUAGGAAAUCGAGGCAGAUAGUUCUAUUACUUUUCAUCUUCGUGUUUGUAUUUGGUGCUGUUGUUGUUCUUGUGAAACAUGUGAUGCAUCGCGAUGGGGGAGGGCAAGUGCGGUAUAAUAAAAAUUCAAUGCGCGAGUUGGAGGCGAGAAAUAACCGGAGAAUUAGAAAACUUGAAGAGACGUGUAAAAAUUAUAAUUUGGGAUUUUAUAAAAUGGAGACACAGAGGGAUCUGAUAAAAUAUCCGCCAGCACCUCAGUAUUCUGUGUUCUACAUCGAUACCGUUCAUCAAAUAUCUUACUGCCCGAUCUACAAAGCUGGCUCCACAACGUGGCUGCACAACCUCUGCCGGCUAAUGAACAUAUCCGAAACUGAGCUCGCAAAAACCAAAGAUCAGAUAUCGACAAUUGCCCGGCGCCUAAUACCCGAGAUGGAUUAUCCGGAAGCCGAGGAGGCGAUGAGGAGUACCACAAAAUUCCUGGUCGUUCGCCAUCCAUUCGAGAGACUGUUGAGCGCUUAUCGGGACAAACUCGAGAACUCUGUGGCUGGGAGAGAGCACGGUACACUGCAUUUUUAUCGGAAAUACGGAGCUACGAUUGUACAGAAAUAUCGAGAUGACAGUUUUAUACCCCCGAGGGAGGACCAAGUUAUCCACCGAGAGGGUGUUUCAAGGCCCACCGGAAUUGAGCCAACUUGGCGGGAAUUUGUUGAGUACCUAAUUGACACUGAUUUAGGAAGUUAUGGGGACGAUCACUGGAUGCCGUACUAUCUCUAUUGUACACCUUGUUCCGUUGAUUACACGAUCAUAGCUAAGGUGGAGACCUUGAAUGACGAUCAGACGUUCGCAAUUGAGCGGAUGGGAUUGACCGGCAAGAUAAAACCAAUCUGGAGACACAGUGGUGGACAAUCAGAUGCCUCGAGUGUCUAUUUCAGUCAAUUAACACCCGAUCACAUAACUCAACUGUACGAAAAGUUUAAACUGGACUUCGAGAUGUUCGAUUACACUUCAGACAAUUAUUACCAGUACUCAGAGGACAUUUAA